AUGCCAUCAUCCACCAUCACAUCACUGACCAAGGUCGCCAGCUGGAACUCAUCCCAGCGCUCCAACGGUGGCUCUGUCUCCCCCACAAAACCAUCCUCGGCUGCUGCUUCGCGUGCUGGCACGCCCAUCUCGAUCAAACCUACCAUAAGCACGGCCCUGCCUGUCCGCCAGAUUCCACCAGGAUGCUCGCACGUCGCUUCUUUUCUCCAUCUCGGCGCACCAUCCUCUUCCUCCUCCUCAACAUCGAAACCAGCCCCUUCAAUCCCUAAGAUCAAAUCAGAAGAAGGCGAUGAAACGAAAACCACCGGCUUCGACACUCUCCCCGCCAUCACCCGUUCCUACCUCAAACGCUACAUCGCUGGUCUCCGCUGGGGAGCACAAAUUCGCACAGGAUACGUCAAAAUGAUGGACGAAGAAGAAAAAGUAGCCGAACAACAACGAUACAACGACGAAGCAGCGAAAGCCGCCAAGCAGGGAAAACAGGUCAAAAAGCGUCGAAAGCUUGACUAUCCACAGUGUCACACCUGUCAAGUGGAUAUGCUGCGACCAUUUAUCUGCCUUGAAUGCGCAUACACGGCGUGUUUCUCUCCCCCUAUCGCCGAUGAUCCGACCGCAGUAACACGGACACUGAAGGAUAGUCACAUGAUACAGCAUCUCCGCAGUAAGAAACACAUGCUAGCGAUUGAUCUGCUUUAUGGCCACGUCUACUGCGCUGAGUGUAAAGACUUUAUCCACGAUGCGCUCUUCGAAUCGGUUCAGCGUCAUGAGACUUGCAGAGUCAAUCAGAACGUCGUUGGACAGCAAUUUGGACCGUCCAAAACCACCAUCGAGGCUCUGUUUCCCCCAGCCCUGGAUGCAACGACGGUGAUGAGCAAGUUCUACGAGACCGACACGACCAGCGUCACUUGCCGCGUCCCUCGCGGUCUACGAAACAUGGGUGCCACGUGCUUUAUGAAUGUUAUCAUUCAAGCGUUCUUGCACAAUCCGCUAUUAAGAAACUAUUUCUUAUCAGAUCGGCAUAACCCGGCGUUGUGCCAGGGGGGAAAGGUCUGUUUGGCUUGUGAGAUGGACAAGAUUUUUAGCGAGUUUUAUUCUUCUGAUCCUGGUGCGAUUGCGGCUGGCGCCGAUGGAUCAGUAGCGGCGGGGACUCAGGCGGGUAACCCUCCUGGUGCGGUAGUCGGUGAGAACGGCUCGACACAACAAACGGUAGCGAAAGGUCCACACGGCCCAACAUCGUUCCUCUACUGUCUAUGGAUAGACCAGGCAAGCAGCGAGCUUGGUCAAGCGGGGCAACACGAUGCGCACGAACUGUUUAUCUCUGCUCUCAACUCUAUCCAUACCGCGCUCACCAGUCGAGCACUCGAAAGAUCGUCGCUCCCGACUUUUGGGUACGAGCAUUCGGAUGCCCUCAAUUUGCUGUAUGAUCAUUAUGAAGGCGGUGGAGGAUCGGGGAAUCAGUCGGAAGAUGAAGGGAUGGGUGGUGGAGGGGGUACGCCUAUGGGUCUUGGAAAUGGUGGUAGUGGCGGUGUAGCGGGAUGUCCUUGUGUUGUCCAUCGUACUUUUGCUGGGCAAUUGCAGUCCGAUGUUACGUGUCAGAGAUGUGGAAAGGUGAAUACCACAAGAGAUCCAAUGCUGGAUGUUAGUUUGGACGUUCGACCUGAAUCUCUUCGCCGAAAGGAUUCUUCUUUGACCAAUGGCGGGUUGACUUCAAAGGCGAAAGUUCCCAACGGCAAAAUUUCCGAUUCCAUAGGUAGCAGCAAUGGAGUGAAUGGGGAAGGGGAAGAGGAACAACAUCUCACCAUCUGUCUCCAACGCUACUGUUCAGAAGAAAAACUAGGGAACAACGACUACACAUGCACAAGCUGUGGCUCUGCUGCAACCGCCACCAAGCAACUCUCUCUCUACCGUCUACCCCCCGUACUCUGCAUCCAACUGAAACGAUUCGAACAUACCUCUUCAGCUGCUAAGAUUGACACCAAAGUGCGCUUCCCUCUUGUUUUGGACCUACGGCAAUUCUCGACUGCGGAAAUACGCCAAGCUACCAAUCCCCCAGUACAAACGAGCAAUGGCAGCAGUAAUAGUGGGUUGGCGGCGAUCCCAGACCCAGAUGCAUAUCUUUAUGAUCUGUUCACGGUGGUCGUACACGAAGGAUCGAUGAAUACGGGUCAUUAUACGAAUUUCAGCAAGUGGAGAGGCAGCUGGUACAAAUUUGACGAUGAUAAGGUGACACCGACGACGGAAGGGGUUGUGCUUGGGGCAAGGGCGUAUCAACUGUGUUAUAGGAGGAGGGUGUUGAAAAAUGUUGUUAGUUCGAGGUCGCAGUCUCACACCUAG